AUGCCCCCCAAAAUCGUAAGCCAACAAGAAUGGAUCGAGGCAAGCAAGGCACUUCUCGAAAAAGAAAAGGAGCUUAUGCGCGCCGCCGACGCGCUCAGCGCCGCCCGUCGCGAGCUGCCCAUGGUCCGGGUGGACAAGGACUACACAUUCGCCGCCGCCGACGGCAGCACCGCUCCUCGCUCACUCGCGGACCUCUUUGACGGCAUGGACCAGCUCAUCGUCUACCACUUCAUGUUCGGGCCCGACGACGAGCGCGGCUGCGGCGGCUGCGCGCACAUCGCCGGGUCCCUCCCGGACGUGCGCCACCUGCGCGCGCGCCGGACCCAGCUCGCCUGCGUGUCGCGCGCGGCUCCGGACAAGCUCAGGGGCUUCGAGGCAAAGUGCGGCUGGACGUUUCCCUGGUACUCGACCGUGGCGGAUGCCGGCAAUGAGUUCAACCGGGAUUUUCACGUGUCAAUUGAUCAGCGUGGCGAGGCAGAGAGAACAGCGCCAGGCAGCUUGUUCAAUUUUCGGAGCAAGGAGGAGCUGGAAGCCUUGGGAAAGAAGACGUACACGGGUGAGUACUUUGGCUUCAGCGUCUUCAUGAAGAAUGAGGAUGGCGAGGUGUUUCAUACCUACUCCACGUACGGAAGAGGAGUAGAAAGGGUCAGCUCCAUCUUUGCGUUGCUCGACAUUACGCCUUUGGGCCGACAAGAUGAGCCGGGUGGACCUGGCGCGUUCAAGCUCAAAUACGAGUAUGAGCAGGAUGCUUGA